AGGUCGACCGAUCUGUUCAUCUUCCUCUUUCUAGUUUCUUGACUACUACUGAACAACAGGAUACUCACAGCAGCAAAUUAUGAGGAUCAGAAAGAGCUUUUUGGCGGUGUUCAUUGUGCUUGCAUUGAUCACUCUGUAUCUCGGAUUUGCGCCGAUCCAGUUCGAGCACGACAAAGUCCUGCAUUUCACCUUCUUCUUUCUCCUCACCACAUCGUUUUAUUGGGUUGUCGACACAACACGGCGAAGGCUCGUCAACGCCACUUUUCUCGUCUGCGUCGUCCUCGGUGGUGUGGGAUCCGAGCUCGUUCAGGCUGCUAUCGUCAAGUAUCGGGUAUUUGACUGGUAUGAUAUUUUGGCCAACGUCCUCGGUUCAUCGCUCGCCCUUCUAAUCUCCACAUUCUACCACAAACGCCUCCUGGAACGAAAGCGGGCUCAGAAAUACGCGCAGCUGCACUCAACCGAUCCGGCUGAUCUCGAAGCCGGCGUCACAGACUCGAUCGCCAUGGAGAACCUGAUGCCAGAGAUGCCGGCCGAGGGUGCUGUCGAUGCAGAGGUUGAGGGUCAUACCGCGGCUGGUGGAAAGCCUUAGUUUGUGUGAGAAAAUGUGAAUAAGUAUAGUGAUAUAAGUUUGUUUUUGUGUGUAUGAUUUAAUAGCGGGACAGUGUAGGGAUACGAGAAAUAAACAAGACUGGUUUGGUUUAUUAUAACAAAAUUCAAUAGGAACUA